UAACAUGCAAGACAAUCUUUGAGACACUUUCACACUCUUAUUUGUCAACCGAUUUAAAACUUUUACUUUGAGCAGUUAAUAUUACAAACAUUUACAACCAAUUAAGUUGUUGUUAUGAGUUCAAAAGAGGGGACUAAUGCUUUAGAAAUUUUCUAUUUGAAGAGUGAUUUGUCCUGCACGUUUGGUAAUAAGAUCUCUUUGUCUUUUAGGAUUAAACAGUAAGUAGAAGCCUAUUGUGUAAAGGUGGUGUUCAACUGGUUAAAAGUACAAGGAAGUGUUUCCAAAGUAUUUUCCCCUAAGAUUCAAAGUCCAUAUGGCAGAGAUUCCGGGAUGACACUGACGCACCUGUACUGUUCUCUGUGAAUGGAAAUUUGCAUGUUCUGCUGAAUUCUGUAGCUUUUGGAUCGUGUUAUUUGUCUCGUUUUCUAUGUGGAAUCUAUGUUGAAAGUACCUGACUUCUGAUGGAGCUGAGAGAAUUCCACAAUCAAGUCCAUCCAGCUCCAGACUACCCUAGUCCUGCUGUUUCUCAGGCGUCACUAAGGUCACGUUUGGUUCCAGCCCAAGACACCAGUGCGGUCCAGUUUGAUUGGGGCUCCACGCCUGAGGAUGCUGGAAACUCUGAUGAGCCUCAGAACCUUCGCGGGCUGCCACUGCGCUUGGGUCUUAAGAGAGCAGUAUGGCAGAUGCAAAAGAUGAGCGUUCCAGUGGUUUCUAGAUGGGGCUCUCGGACCAUCAAACAAUUGAAGGCAUUUCAACAAUUCUGUGAGAUUGCCAAAGAAGUUCUCAGCUAUUUGGUUCUGUGGAAGAGUGGAAUCCAAAAGAUAGGAGGUCACUUUGGUGGAGGAGUCCAAUCCUACUUCUUGUUCCUGAGAUUCCUUGUGAUUCUCAACUUCCUGUCAUUUCUAUUGAUUGCAGCAUUUGUCCUCAUUCCCAGCAGUGUGUUUCGCUCCACAAACUUUAACUCCACCAUCCCUCUCUCUGUCAAUUUAACAGGUGUGGAUAAAUGUUUGCAGUAUGAUCCAAAACCUGAUCCCCUGGCUGUGUUCUACACAUACUUUCUGGACUUUAUUUCAGGAACGGGUUUUAUGGAGUAUUCUUAUCUGUUUUACGGCUAUUAUAAUAAUUCAGUGGUUGAGAGUAAUGGCUUCUCUUACAACAUCCCUCUGGCCUAUCUUUUGACGGCAGCCUUCUACUUCAUCUUCUGCCUUGUUUGUAUGAUUGUAAGAAUGGGGAGCGUGGCUCGUGUUGUUGUAGCGACAGGUGGAGGCGCAGUGGGAGGUUACAGUAUGCUGGUGUUUUCAGGAUGGGAUCAUGGUCUCCAAGGAGACCGUGCCACUAAACUUAAACAAAACAACCUACGUUACCGGUUACAGGUGGAUCUAGAGGAAGAAAGGCUUAAACAAAAGGCUGCCUCCCUGACUUUGGGUCAAACAGUCUCUCUCUACGCACUCCGUGUUUUCCUUAAUCUUGUGGUUUUAGGACUCAUUGGUGGAACUUUCUAUGGCCUUGCUCAGGCAACCCGGUUUAGCCAGGACCAGCAAACAACAGGCUUUCAGGGGCUGCUGUUGCAAUACUUACCCUCCAUUGUCAUAACAACAAGCAAUUUUGUGGUGCCCCUCCUGUGUGACAAGAUCGCUUUGCUGGAAAAGCAUUCUCCCAGUACCACAGUCAUUCUGGCCUUGCUGCGAGCAGUAUUCCUGCGUUUGGUAAGUCUGGGUGUUCUGCUGUACACUCUGUGGGAGCAGAUUAUCUGUGAAGAUGAAAAUUCAGAAGACUGUAAGCCCUGCGAUUAUAAUUACACUUUAUAUCAGUGUUGGGAGACACGAGUUGGCCAGGAAAUGUAUAAACUGACUCUUUUUGACUUCUUGAUAACCAUCACCACACUGAUCCUGGUAGAAUUCCCACGCAGGAUUGUGGUGGAUUACUGCUCAUGUAAACUGGUGCAGUGGGUAGGACGGCAAGAGUUUCUGGUUCCCCCAAAUGUUCUUGCUCUAGUUUAUAGUCAAACAGUGGUUUGGACUGGGGCUCUUUUCUGUCCAUUGCUACCUCUCAUCAACACCAUCAAAUUUAUCCUGUUUUUUUACUGCAAAAAGAUAACUCUGUUCCAGAACUGUCGACCGGCUCUGAGAACCUUUCGAUCCACCAGCUCCAAUUUCUUCUUCCUCUUAGUUUUGCUCAUUGGAUGGAUGUUGGCCAGCGUGGUUCUCAUUUACAGUGUGGCAAAGAUCCAUCCUUCUUACGGCUGCGGGCCUUUCCGCUUUUUUCCUACAAUGUGGAAGGUUGUACCAGAGGCUGUUGAAAAGUUAAAUAGCACCAGUACACAAUUCCUUUUCUACAUCGGCUCCCAGAGAUUCUCUAUACCACUCUUCAUCUUCUCCUGUGUUCUCCUGUGCUAUAUGGGCGCUUUAACAUCGGUCCAUGGGAAGAGUGUCACACUGCUGAAAUCUCAAUGUAAACUGGAACAGCGUGACAAGCAGUUCCUGGUCAGACAAAUUGAGGAGCUGAAUGCCACAAAGCAGAAAGAACAAAGUGAACUGCAGCAGCCCCAGAGAGAGACAGAGCCCUACAGCAAGAGAGAACUGCAGUGGAAUGGACAUAAUAAUUAUGCAUUUGACCCAGAUGUAGACCCAAGGCCAUAUUAAGACUUUCACUUACAGUUCAGCAUACAGCUAUUAUGGACUAUAGUGCAAUAAAAGGAAGGGGCUGUAUUAAAUUAUCUAAUAUUUCUGUAAGCAGAUUUUGAAUGAGUAUUACAGUCUCCUUAUUCUUUAUAUUUACAAUUCUAAUAUAUAUAUUUUGUUUUCCCAGAGUGAACUUUUUCCAUUAUCUGACAGGACUACUACCAAAUAUAUAGUUUAUAUUGAUCCAUUAAUACACUAAUAAACACUAAACUUUUUUAUUGCUUUUUUGGUGGAGCUAUUUCAAGUAUUUAGACAUCUCAUGUACCAGUCAAAACUGCGUGAUGCAUUAUUUAGUGUAUUAUUUAGUGUAUUAUGUAUACUGAUUUUACUGCAAUAUAAUUUAUUGUGGAAAUAGUGGUGUCCAAACGGUGGUGAAAAAAUAAAUCAUGAA